UACUCUCUACAACGACUUCACACAGACAUUCUUCACCGAUUUCCCCCUUUCUCUCUCUCUCUCCGGAGAGAGAAAAUCCACCGGCGACCGCCGUCUCCGUCCAACCAUGCUCUUGAAGCCCUUCAACACCGUUGCCGUCAUAUUCAUGCUCGCUUUCGUGUUCUUCAUCCUUUUCUUCACUGGCUUUCUCGAAUUUCCGCCGGCAUCCACUUCGAUCGUACCGGCCACCGAUGAUCUGAAUCUAUCCGCAGCCGAGUUCGCUUUCGAUCCUUUCUCUGAUUUGAUCACCGCCUUUAAGAAAUGGGACUCUCAGGUUGGUUGCGAUCGAUUUCGGGAGAAAAUUAGCGGCGGUUUGGGAAAUGGAUCUUUGUCGACUUCGCUGCAGCUUGUCGGCGGCGAGUCUAAUUCGGAAUGUGGAGGGCUGAAACUGAAUCAUGUCUCUGUUUUGGUGAAAGGAUGGACAUGGAUCCCUGAUAAUUUAGACAAUUUGUAUUCGUGUUCUUGUGGAUUGAGCUGUCUUUGGACUAAAUCUUCUGUUCUUGCCGAUAAACCCGACGCCUUGUUCUUCGAGACCAGUACGCCUCCGCGUCAGAGGCGCAGGGGUGAUCCUCUCCGUAUUUAUAUGGAUCUCGAGGCUGGUAGGAAGCGCUCAGGUUUUGAGGAUCUAUUCGUUAGUUAUCAUGCGGAAGACGAUGUUCAGUCAACCUAUGCAGGAGCACUCUUUCACAAUGGUCGAAACUAUCACGUAUCUUCUUCUAAAAACAAUGAUACGCUCGUUUAUUGGUCGUCGUCUCGUUGUCUUCCCCAACGAAAUCAGCUUGCUAGGAAGCUUCUAAGCUUGCUGCCUCACCAUUCAUUUGGCAAGUGCUUGAACAAUGUAGGCGGGCUUGACAUGGCCCUUGAUAUGUACCCUGAAUGUGCAAACGAUGCCAGUGUCACCCCAAAAUGGUGGGAUCACUUGCAUUGUGCAAUGUCUCAUUACAAAUUCGUUCUAGCAAUCGAAAACACGAUGACCGAGAGUUACGUGACGGAGAAGCUAUUUUAUGCGCUAGACUCCGGUUCGGUUCCGAUCUAUUUUGGUGCUCCAAAUGUCUGGGACUUUGUCCCUCCACAUUCCAUAAUUGAUGGGUCUAAAUUCAGCUCGUUGGAAGAGUUAGCUUCUUAUGUAAAACGACUUGCUGAUGAUCCGGUAGCUUAUGCUGAGUACCAUGCUUGGAGACGAUGCCGUGCGUUGGGAAACUAUAGGAGGACCCGAGCUGCAAGCCUCGACACGCUGCCGUGCCGGGUAUGUAAUGCUGUGAGCAGAAGGGGUGGUAGAAAUGGAUGAGCUUAUCUAGUUUUUUUUUGGCUGCCAUUGUUCCUCUGUUGUUUUUCACUGUGAUGGGGUUUGUUUUUGUUGUCACCAGUAGACAGGGGAAUGGGUUUGGCGUGUAAGGAAAUGAAUGUAGGUAGAAAGAUCAUAAAUAAUCAGAGAAAAAUAUAUUUUAUUUAUUAUAAUUACUCAGUCAUAUGUUA